AUGGAAACGACUAACUGGUUCCAUCUUUACAUCAAUGUCACGGCCGACGUACCAGAAGUCACCAAUGCUACGGUACUUCAAAUGUUUUCGCACGUCCUUCAGGAAUACCAACACGAUCAGCUGAUCGUAACAGAAACGCGUAACUUAGUUUUGAUAACAUUGUAUGUGGCCUCCUUUUUAAUAGCUGCAACUGCUAACACUUUGGCUUUAUUAACAUUUUUCAGAUAUCGACGUAUGAGACAAUUACCGAAUACUUUAUUGAUCACUUUAGCCAUUGCCGAUUUAUUAGUUGCUUUAGUAUGCAUGCCAAUGGCUAUCGGAAACUAUACUUAUAAGCUAUGGAUUUUCGGUGAAUUCAUGUGUAAAUUAUCUAAUUAUCUCCAAGCUGUAGCAGUUACUUCUAGUAUAUUCACAAUGACUGUGAUGAGUUUGGAUAGAUACGUCGUUAUAUGUCAUCCUAUAACGUGUAGAAGAAUAUUUGGACGUCGUCACGUAAGAAUGGCAGUUGUUAUAGUUUGGUUUCUAGCAGCACUCCUCUUCAUCCCCAUCCUUGUAGUUAGAACUACGCCUGGAGUGACUUUCUACGAUCCUGCUAGUUCUGGAACUUACGUCGUAUUUUGUGUAGAAUAUUGGCAAUCUCUUGGAAAGAAAAGAGCAUUUGGCAUCACAGUUUUCGUCAUUGUUUUUUUUAUUCCUGGUUUAAUAAUGGGUUUUGCCUAUUUUCGAAUAGGUAUAAGACUUUGUGAGAAACAGAAAAUAUCAUCUAUUCGAUCAGUUUCUGGAGAAAUGAGCUCGAACAAGAGUGAUGUUUCCGUUAGACUUCAAAGUAUAUUACAAAAAAGGCGUCAAGUAGCCAAAAGAUUCGUUAUUCUAACGACUGUUUUUGCAGCUUGUUGGGUCCCAUACAAUUUUAUCACUUUCCUGUUAGACUGCCAAAUGAAUACUCAAAUGGACGAAGCCCUUUUGGAUUUUUUACCAUUUGGAUUAUUACUAGGACAUACCAACAGUGCCAUCAAUCCUAUACUUUACUGCUGGCUAAAUCGAAGAUUUAGGUGGUGUCUGAUAGAUCAACUAAAGUGCAAUAGCUGUAAAUGUUUAAAUCCACCAUACAGAAGAGCUGAUUGCUAUAAAAAUGAAGAUCUUCUAACACAGAGAACGAGUUUUACACCAUCUUCGCAAGGUAAACAGAAAGCCAAUCACAUGGAAAUUGUAUGUUCCACAUCACUUUGAUCAUUUGCUUACUUUCUAAUUCGAUGAAAAGCAUAUUUAAAAAAUGGCAAAAAUAAAAACAAAAUUUAUCUUGUUUUUAUUCAAAA